GUGGGAUGGGAGACCGGCGCGCCGGGACGGCGGGCAUCUCGGGGCACCGGGCGGAGGCGCGGCGCGCGAGGAGGGGUGCGGGCGGUCGCGGGCGCCAGCGCCAUGAACGCCGCAGUGGUGCGGCGGACGCAGGAGGCCCUGGGCAAGGUGAUCCGGAGGCCGCCGCUCACCGAGAAGCUGCUGAACAAGCCGCCGUUCCGCUACCUGCACGACAUCAUCACCGAGGUGAUUAGGAUAACUGGCUUCAUGAAGGGCCUCUACACAGAUGCCGAGAUGAAGUCAGAUAAUGUCAAGGAUAAAGAUGCAAAAAUUAGCUUCCUACAGAAGGCCAUAGAUGUGGUCAUGAUGGUCUCGGGAGAACCCUUGUCAGCAAAACCAGCUAGAAUCGUGGCCGGGCAUGAACCUGAGAAGACCAACGAGCUGCUUCAGUUGAUUGGCAAGUGCUGCCUCAACAAGCUCUCCAGUGAUGAGGCAGUGAAGAGAGUCUUAUCUGGGGAGAAGGGGGACUCUCGAGGACGGGCCUUACGGACCUCCAAAGCACAUGAUUCUGACAACAAGAGUGUGAAGGAAGAAGAGUCCAGGACUCAGAAAGAGGAUAAAAGAAGCUCUGAGGUGAAGGAGAGAAGCACAAGUGCAGAGCACAAACCGAAGGAAGACCUGAAAGAGGAAAACAAACCCAGGGACAAGGAGAGGGACAAGGAGAAGGCGAGGGAGCCCGACAGAGACCGGCACAGAGACCCUGAGAAGGACAAAAACAGAGAGGGAGAGCGAGAGAAAGCCAGAACGCGCACCAAGCAGGACAGGGACAGAAGCAACAAAGACCGCGACAGAGAGGCAGAAAGGGACAAGGAGAGGGACAGGAGGAGCGAGGGUGGGAAAGAAAAGGAGAGGCCGAAGGACCGAGACCGUGACAAAGGAAAAGACCGGGAGCGGCGGAAAGCGAAGAAUGGGGAACAUUCCCGUGACCCUGACAGGGAGAAAAGCAGAGAUCCAGACAAGCCAGAGAAAAAGUCAGCAAGCUCAGGAGAGAUGUCUAAAAAGUCAGAUGGAACUUUCAAAGAUGCCAAAGCAGAGAUGGAGGCUGAGGCUUCUGUGGGAGCAUCCAGGUCCUUGACAUCAAAAACAUCAAAACGGAGAUCUAAGACCUCACUGGAAGGAAGAAGGGAUUCUAGAGCCAGUGAAAAUAGUCUUACCCCUGAAAAAGAACAUAACGCUUCCUACCGUAAAGCUAAGAAGGACCAUAGCAUGAAGCAGCUUGGAAGGAAAGAGGAUAAUAUUUCAGCUAAGAUUUUAGACUCCAUAGUGUCGGGACUAAAUGACGAACCAGAUCAGGAAACGACAGCUUCAGAAAUAGGCGACUCCCCCAGUGACGCAGAAGGAGAAGCUGGACCAGUUACUGGCCAAGAUAAGCCUGAGGUGUCAGAGAAUGCAGAAGUCCCCAGUGAACUUUCCUCCAAUCUCAGAAGAAUGCCUCGGCCUGGAAGUGCGCGACCAGCCCCUCCCAGGGUCAAACGACAAGAGAGCACCGAGACGCUGGUGGGAGACAGGUCUGGAAGUGGUAAAACUGUCUCCAAUGUGAUCAUCGACUCACAGAAUUCUGACAAUGAAGAUGAUGAGCAGUUUGUGGUGGAAGCCUCCCCUCAGCUUGCAGAAAUGUCAGAAAUUGAGAUGGUGCCAGCAGGGGACCUGGAGGAUGAGGAGAAGCAUGGUGGGCUUGUGAAAAAGAUCUUGGAGACGAAGAAGGAUUAUGAGAGAUUGCAGCAGUCUGCCAAGCCGGGCGAGAAGGAGCGCUCCCUCAUCUUUGAGUCAGCAUGGAAGAAGGAGAAGGACAUCGUUUCGAAGGAGAUAGAGAAACUCCGAGUGUCCAUCCAGACCCUGUGUAAGAGUGCACUUCCCCUGGGAAAGAUCAUGGACUACAUCCAGGAGGACGUCGACGCCAUGCAGAACGAGCUGCAGCUGUGGCACAUCGAGAACAGGCAGCAUGCGGAGGCCCUGACCAAGGAGCAGAGCAUCACAGACAGUGCGGUGGAACCCCUGAAGGCAGAGCUGUCUGAGCUGGAGCAGCAGAUCAGAGACCAGCAGGACAAGAUCUGUGCUGUGAAGGCCAACAUCCUGAAGAACGAGGAGAAGAUCCAGAAGAUGGUGCACAGUAUCAACCUGACGUCACGAAGGUGAACGGCCAGCUCUGCAGAGAUGAUGGGAGAAGAGAAAGGAGACCACACUCUGCCUCAGUCAGCCUGCCGAGGGAAUGGACUGCAGAUGCCUGGACCCGGCUAAAGUCAGAGCUUUCGGUUUAGGCGCUAAACUUAUUAAAAGGCUGUGUUUUCUUACCUCCUCCAGCUGCAAUACUUGCUACUUUAGUCUUCAGCUUGCCUUUAUAGGAGGGCUUAUUUCUCUGGGGUUUUUUGGGCAAAUGAUGUUUUCUGCUGCAGCCUGUUUAAUCCUGUACCUGAAGUUUCUGGCAGGUAAGUUGUGUCGUGCUACUGGGGAAACUGCAGGCCUUUAUUCUGCUUCCGAGUCUCCCAGAAGGACUUCCUGCCAGCACUGAGCAAAGGAGACUGUGGACUUUUUGGUGUGUACUUGAUAAAUAGAAAGGGAACAAGGCCUCAAAGGAUUAAAUUGCAUUUUCAUUUCUACCUGAAAGGGACAUUUCAGCCCAUGUUCUUGAAAGGUGCCUGUUACCUGUGCAGGGUCACCGUUCUUCCUAUUGUACAUGCGUCUUUCUGCCGUCCCCUCAUGGCCCUGCUGUCUGCUUUUCUGGCAGUUCAUAUGCUGAAACAGGAGAACUCAGUCUGGCCUCCAUGGGUGCCAUCUGAUGGGAAACUGUCGCUGGUUACCUCCUGGGCUUUCUUCAGCCUCCAGGAUUCUUCUGAUGGAUAAGCAGUCCCCCAGGCCUCCCAAGACCUUGUAGCAUGAAGGGCAGGCAGCACAGCCCUUUUCCUUUAUGUAGGUGUGUGCACUGGGAGUGUGGGGACUAAGGAAGAGAGCAUACCAAUUUACAGUUUGUGUUUGUUUUCCUUUUUUAAAGGUCUUUUUUUAAAGCAUAGCUUUUAUGGUUUAUAUUCAGUUUUCGCCUAUGUAAAAUACUGUAAAUACUUAUGAGGUCUUGAAUUAUUGUCUAAAGGAUCUCACAGUCUUUGGAGAUGUUCUUGCUGGCUUAAGGUCUGAGAUGGCACUUACGUAUCUGAAUAUUUAUUAUGUUCACUAAGACAAGCCCUGGAAUGUGUGAAGACUGCCUGAGCACAUUUUGUCUCUUAAGGCUUGCACACAUGGCACAGCUAGUGUUUCUCAGGCAGCUAAAGGCAGCAGCCCAGUCCUCAGCCAGGGGCUGUUGCGACAGUGUGAAGGCUCCUUUAGUGGGUUGUCUUUCUCCUGACUGAAGCACACCACACUUUUCUCCCACCCAGAUGCUUCUGAAUAGUUUGAGGGGGAUGGGGAGGGAAGGCUUGUAGUCAACUAGUCUUUUGUAUGUUCAUAAUCUAUUUUUUACUAAAGUGAAUGAGUUAGCCAUAACCCUAAGUGGACCCUAUGUAGCCCAAGUUAACAUAUAUAUAAAACCUUUUAUGAAUUUGUAUAUAUGAAUAGAAUUUUUAUGUUGCAAAAUUACAUACAUUGUAUGUGAGUAAAUUUUAUAUGCUGUAGUCUAUCAGAUUGUAUCAUAAAGUUUUAUUUUUCUUUUUUACAUAAAUCAUUAAAAUAAUCACCUAUUUUUCCUAUAA